CAAAUAGUCUGUCAGUACUGGCUGGGAAUAACAAGAAAAUUGUGACACUGUCGGUUUCUCACCACGGCGCAGUCGCUCCGGACACGUAGUGCACAACAAACGGCAUAAUAUGGACUCCGAUACCAGUCGAUUUUCCAGCCGACCGUCCUCUCCCGAGGUGGAUGAUAUUUUCCUGUCGACGGUAAAAAAGACAAGCGGUUUCUCUGGCACUGUCUCCUCUACGCAAAGCGACUCCCCUCCAGAGCUGAGCGUCGACCUGCGGAGUCUGUCUAGCAACGAGGAGGACGCCCUCACCCUCAAAAUGCUGUCAAAGAAAGACCGAAAACUUCUUUCGGAGAACGAACUGCAGGUGAUGCGGCUGAAGAUCAACAGUCGAGAAAGGAAGAGGAUGCACGACCUUAACGUUGCCAUGGACGGGCUACGGGAAGUUAUGCCCUACGCGCACGGCCCCUCCGUGCGCAAGCUCUCCAAAAUCGCCACCCUUCUGCUAGCGCGAAACUACAUUUUGAUGCUGAGCAAUUCGCUCGAAGAGAUGAAGAGACUGGUCAGCGAAAUAUACGGGAGCGGUCACCACGGCGGUUUUCAUCCGUCCGCCUGCGGGACCUUGACUCACACGGCGUCUUUGCCCGGAAUCCCAGCUGUUACCCACGCCUCUCACCCGGUUCACCACCCGCUCCUACCGCCGGCAGUUUCCACCGCCACCUCCCUCUCCGCACCUGGCAUCUCGGCUGUGACCUCAGUUAGGUCUCACCAUGGACUGCUGAAGGCGCCAUCAGCGAGCGCAGGCCCCCUGGGCAGUAGUUUCCAGCACUGGGGCACUGGGAUGCCAUGCCCCUGCAGUAUGUGCCAGAUGCCUCCCCCACACGUCCCGAGUAUGAGCACGGUCAGCAUGCCCAGGCUCGCGACCGACUCGAAAUGACUUCAACACUUACUGCUCAGUAAAACAAGGGCGAGGAAACGAACUGUGUGUCUGAUACCGAUUUGUACAGAUUAUACCUUUGUAUGUCUCAGCACACCUCAACAAAUGUCUGAAACAAUAUGUUUCUGAACAACUUAAAAUGAAUCAAUAGGAAAAAAACCCUUUAAAACUAUAUGGAACAAAUAGGGAAAAAAAAUACCGCUGAUUUGGAGUUUUCCCAGCAUAAUUUCGCCAUUUUGUUCGCCUGUGGCUGUUGUUUUUAUAAUUAUUAUACUUUUACCGUGUAAAUUUAAGAGAAACAGAAUUGUAUUGAUUUUUACAAUGCGAUGACCUUGUUCAAAAUCCAG